CGCCGCGCCGCCCGAGCCGAGCCGAGCCUCUGCCGCCGCCGCCGCGGCCCCGCCGCCCGCCGCGGGCGCCCACCAAGCACUUUGCAGACUCGCUUCCACCCUGCGGGCCAUUCCGCGCGGCGGGGCCCGAGCCCGGGGCGGCGCGUCGGGGGACAGGCCAUGCAGUGACGAUCCCCCAACCCCCUCCACCUUUGCCCAGAGCGCGGGCAGUAGCCCAGCGCGCCCAGCCGGCCUGGGGCAGGAGAGGUGCUAGGCAGGGGUGGGGUGGCCCGGCCCGGGGACCGGGAGCUGGGCACUGAGCAGAGGGCGGGGGAAGCGGCGCCGAAGUUUGCCUCGGACUCGCCGGGCGCAGCGGCGGAUCCCUCGGCCAAGCUUCUCCAGGACUGUUGCUGCCGCCGCCGCCGCCGCCGCCGUUUCAUUGCACAUUCAAGUGGAAAAUUUUCAGGAGUCAGCAGAAACAUUGUGUCCAAAAAGGACUGAGUCGCAGUUACCACCAAACCUAGGAGGAGACUCUCUCUGGAAAACUUCCCUUCGGUUUAUUUUCUUGAAAAGGCUCCAGGCUUCGGCUUGGAAAGUCCCACCGCCAAAAUUGAGCCCAGCAGCUGGAGCGGCAGCGAGAGCCCUGCCGAAAACAUGGAAAGGAUGAGUGACUCUGCAGAUAAGCCAAUUGACAACGACGCGGAAGGGGUCUGGAGCCCUGACAUCGAGCAGAGCUUUCAAGAGGCCCUGGCUAUCUAUCCACCAUGUGGGAGGAGGAAAAUCAUCUUAUCAGACGAAGGCAAAAUGUAUGGUAGAAAUGAAUUGAUAGCCAGAUACAUCAAACUCAGGACAGGGAAGACGCGGACCAGAAAACAGGUGUCUAGUCAUAUACAGGUCUUAGCAAGAAAGAAAGUUCGAGAAAUUCAAGCCGCCAUUAAGGUGUCUAGUCACAUUCAGGUUCUUGCCAGAAGGAAAUCUCGUGAUUUUCAUUCCAAGCUAAAGGUAACAAGCAUGGAUCAGACUGCAAAGGAUAAGGCCCUGCAGCACAUGGCGGCCAUGUCCUCAGCCCAGAUCGUCUCGGCCACUGCCAUUCACAACAAGCUGGGGCUGCCUGGGAUUCCACGCCCGACCUUCCCGGGGGCACCGGGGUUCUGGCCGGGAAUGAUACAAACAGGGCAGCCAGGAUCCUCGCAAGACGUCAAGCCCUUUGUGCAGCAGGCCUACCCCAUCCAACCAGCAGUCACAGCCCCCAUUCCAGGGUUUGAGCCUGCGUCAGCCCCAGCUCCCUCGGUCCCCGCCUGGCAGGGUCGAUCCAUUGGCACAACCAAGCUUCGCCUGGUGGAAUUUUCGGCUUUUCUCGAGCAGCAGCGAGACCCAGACUCGUACAACAAACACCUCUUCGUGCACAUUGGGCAUGCCAACCAUUCUUACAGUGACCCAUUGCUCGAGUCAGUGGACAUUCGUCAGAUUUAUGACAAAUUUCCUGAAAAGAAAGGUGGCUUAAAGGAACUGUUUGGAAAGGGCCCUCAAAAUGCCUUCUUCCUCGUAAAAUUCUGGGCUGAUUUAAACUGCAAUAUUCAAGAUGAUGCCGGGGCUUUCUAUGGUGUAACCAGUCAGUAUGAGAGUUCCGAAAACAUGACAGUCACCUGUUCCACCAAAGUUUGCUCUUUUGGGAAGCAAGUAGUAGAAAAAGUAGAGACAGAGUAUGCAAGGUUUGAAAAUGGCCGAUUUGUAUACCGAAUAAACCGCUCCCCGAUGUGUGAAUAUAUGAUCAACUUCAUCCACAAGCUCAAACACUUGCCAGAGAAAUAUAUGAUGAACAGUGUUUUGGAAAACUUCACAAUUUUAUUGGUGGUAACAAACAGGGAUACACAAGAAACCCUCCUCUGCAUGGCCUGUGUAUUUGAAGUUUCAAAUAGUGAACAUGGAGCACAACAUCACAUUUACAGGCUUGUAAAGGACUGAACAUGGUUAUUUAUAUAUAUAGAUAUCUGUAUAUACACACGGAUGUGCACACACACACUCUGUCCAUUAUCCAACGACUGACUGUAAACCUCACCACGCAGGGUGGUGCCCUGGCCCCGAGGUCACCCCAACUUUUCUAAAUCCUGUUUGAGUGGAGUCAUUUUUUCAUGUGUUCAUACUAUCUUUGUAGCUGUGAAGUUCUGGUACAGUUGUAAAAAGAGAAAUCGAGUUGUUUCUAUGUGUUCUUCAGAUCUGCAGCCCGCAGUUCCUCGGGAAAGGUGAUUACCUAACAAUCCACGUCUCUCUCCGCAGAGCCCUGUUUCUAUUUGUGGUAGAAAAUACUGAGACAGAGCAUUUGCCACGGGACAUUCAUAGCUUUUACACAAAUGUCUUUAGUUCUCUUUUUUUUUUCCAACAUAAAAUUCUUGUUUUAAGAUACAAGUAAAAUUAAUCUUUAAAUAUAAAUGUAAAUUAGUACACAAAACUAAGAAUCUUUAGACUUAUCUUUGUAACUAAUUAGGGUGGAAGUUAUGGAAGAAUGUAAUUCACUAAAUUAUUUUUUAAAUGAAACCUUUCUUUCUUUUUGAAACCAAAUGUUAAACUAUAGCCUUAAGAAAUGCUUAGUAGAAAUAUCCUGAUGAGACAAAUUUGUACUUUUUUCUUCAAGGUGAAAACUAAUCUCCUAAUCCAUUAAACUCUUGAACAGAUAUUACAGAGGAAGAAAACUUCACCCCUUAUCCUUAACAUAUAUAGUAUAUUUAAAAAAUAUAAAAUUGUAUUGUACUAAUGUGAUGAUUGAUUAUUUAAUGAAAAAAAGAUGGCUCUUUUUGCAAUAAGUAGAUAAAUACUGAAAAAUCUAAACUUACAAUGUUUAUAGUCUUGUGUUGUCCAGUUAUAUUUUAUUAUGGACAACCAAAUUUUUUUAUGAAGAUGAGUAAAUAUUUGAACCACCAAAAUUUAAUAAUGAAAUUUUAAAAUUGGCAUGAAUACUGCACUGUGAGAUGCAAAGAAUAGAGAAUCCUGUGGCUGGGAGAAAAUUUUAUUGACCAGGCAAGUAAAAGGCUCAGUUUUAGCAUCUCUGCUCCUUAGAGAAUUGCUAGCAUCCUCACCAGCUUGUGGAUAACUUCUUUAUUUCUGGUGGCCUAAUAUGCCUGUUAACCUGUAACUAUAGCUCUGUGUGUAUGAAUGUGCAUACACACAGGCGUAGAUAGUUAGCACAUUUACUGAACAUCUAUUUGGUGGCACCCCGUUUGCUUAGGGGCUGACAUGUGUGCAUAUUUCAGUCUGUGUCUCUAGACUUAGAUGUACCCGCUGUACAGACAGUCCUUUCCUUAACAUCUCAGUAAAUCACAGUACUUAGUUUCAAGAGGCCCAACUGUCAAUCACUGACCUUUCAAAAAGGCUCAUUUGGAAUGUUCUCUUUCCAGGGGAGAUCCCACUUUGUAAUCCAGAUAUCCCACAGCAUCGCUCAGACAGAGUGGGUUUGAUAUAGCUACAUGUCUUGGGAUGGCUCCAUUCAGUGUUUGGGGCCCCUCCCAACUUCCAGAGGAAAAUGGUGUUCUUAUAAGGGGUAAGAAUAUGCUAAUAUACUAGAACAGGAAAUAAGUUUUGUAACUUGUAAAACAUGUCAAGAUUUUUUUACACAGAAAAUAAAAACUCAGUCCAAAAUUACCUAAAUAACUUACAUGCCCUCUUCCCUGUCCAACCACCUGCUUUGACUCUGCUUGUACACUGGUCAGUAUCUUGUCAUGAGCACGAGGGUAUGGCCAGCUUGUGGCAAACAGAAAAACCGUGGGCUAACUGUCACCUCUCCCUAAUUAUCACUGGUCACUGAGAGGCUCAGAGGAGAGAGUGCAGAGCUUUUCCCAUUUGGAAUGCCCACCCCAUACCCAAACCAAAAGGGCUGUGCUGCUCUUCCUCUUGGAUACGGGCAGCCUUUGAAGAUUGCCCAGUUGUCCACUCUUGCAUCUGGUCUUGAGCUUCUUUUAUAGGCCAGUCCUGUUAUAAUGACUUCUGUUGGACACCCCUCUUAGGGAUGUUUCUUUUGCUCCAAUUACCUUCCUUCUUUCUUCAAGGGAACCCCGUUCUCUCCCAGGACCAGGACUCUAUGACGGGGUUCAAAUGGCUUAAAGCCGGGCCAUCCAAAAUGUGAGGGGGAGAGAUUAUCUGGUUCAUGUAUGGGGAAUGAGACUUAUUAAUGCUGCAGGAGGGUUCUUGGGAUUUAUUUUUGAAAGCCCAAAGACUCUGGGACCCAAAAGACCAGCUAGAGGACAGUUCUGUUGCUUACAGAGAAGGGCAUGCCCCGCCGCUGACCUCACAGGGUCAGCAGGGCCCUCUGAUGCUUCACCACCCAUAUCCUCUUCCUGGGUGCCUUUGUAGUUGAAUUUUGUGGAUUUACUAAAGUGACCUUGAAGAUUGCUUUUUGCUUUUGAAACAUUUCUAAGGUUUUUAAAAGUUUACUUCUUGUUCUCCUAAAGCUUUCCUCAGGACAGUUUCCCUGUCUUAACUACUGGUCUAGUUACCCCCAAACUCUUUAGGCCUCUCUUUGUCUCUCCCAGAUUAGACCCUUGGGGGGGAUUGGUAUCAUAGCACCUAAUCCAAAUCUCUCUUUGGUCCUUCAUUCUAUAUGACAGUCUUCUCCCUGAGUCCUAACAGCUUCUUCUUCUUCUUUUUUUUUUUUGUCUUUUUGACAUAAGGUCUUUUUCUGUUACCCAGGCUGGCUGGAGUGCAGUGGCACAGUCAUAGUUCACUGUAACCUCAAACCCCUGGGUUCAAGUGAUUUUUGUGGCUCAGCCUCCCAAGUAGCUGGGACUAUAGGGAUGGGAUACCACACCUGGCUAAUAUUUCUAUUUUUUGUAGAGACAGGGGUUUCACUACAUUUCCCAGGCUAGUCUUGAACUCCUGGUCUCGAACACUCCUCCCACAUCAGCCUCCCAAAGUUCUGGGAUGACAGGCAGGAGCCACUCCACCUAGCCAAGCUUUUAACCCAUGAAGAUGCCUUCCCAGAGUCCUGUCCUCGCUACCCUGUUUCAGGUGUUCUGUCUCCUGCUGACCCUCCAAUGCCAGGUUUGUUUCUAGGCUUUGUUCUCAUGCUUCUGCUGCAGAGUUCGGGGGCCAAAUUUCCACAGCCAAGCAGUGAGGCACUGAUGUACUGGGCUCUGGUCUAUUGGGAUUCCUUUCCAUCGUAGGGAGUGACCAAAAUUAUAUCCAGGACUUAAGCAGAACAUGUCCUAGAAUCCUAGAAUGUCCAGGCUACCCAAGACCUAGGGGUUCUCAACCUCAGCACUCUUGAUGUUUUGGACUAGACAAUGCUUUGUUAUACAGGGCUCGUCCUGGGCAUUAUAGGUGGUUUGCUAAGUCCCCUCUUCCUCCAGUUUCCACAACCAUUGCCCAACAUCCCAUGGGGUGGAAAUUCACCCCCAGCCCAGAGCCACUGCACUAGAUCUUACUGGUCACAAUUGCACAGUUGAAGUUGUUUUCCCUCCACUUCCCCUGCAGAGGCUUCUCUCCUGGGAGCCAGUCUCAGGUCACCAGGAAGUAGGUGGGCAUGUUAAUCAAAGGACACAGUUUCCGUGUUUCUUCUUAUUUCAAAACUUCUGUUUCACAUCAGUCUCUUUUAUAACGAGUAAUUCAUUCUUCCCUGGGGAAGUUAGGAACAGCUGGUCACCAUCAUCCCUGCAAUCACACCUAUUUCAAUGAGUGUUUCUGAUUGAUCUUCAUCUCUUAGUUUGCUGGGGUUAAAAAAAAAAAUCCCCGGCAGUUGUCAUUAUUUCUUACAAGCUCGUGAGUGUCAUCAUCAAACAUCUUGUCUCAGUAUAUUUCCUCUGGGCUGCUUCUGCCUGCCUUACAAUCAGUGCUAUUUGUAGAAUUUGUUGAAACCUCUGGAACAUUUCUUCUUUGGGGUGGGGGAUAAGUUCCAGCAGAGGGCAAACAGAACUUUCCCUUCUUGAUCUAAAAGAGAGCACAGCCUACUCUUCCUUCAUUUUGUGAACAAGAAAGUUGAGACCUAGAAGCAAGAUGACUUGUCCAAAUGACCCACUUGUUAAUAAGUAGUUUUGUAGGAUUCCCACCCCUUUAAUCCUUGGCCUCUAGCCUCUCUUGGUGGAGGCUGUUCUUCGGUGCUCUAGCUUAAAUGAUCCAUAAGGAUGUGUGACAGGCUUGGAUCAGAAGGGGGAGAUUCAGGACCCCUGUGCUAAGUAGCAUCACCCCGAUACUGCCCCCACUGGAGUGUCGUGCCUGAGAGCAGCUGUCUGAGGCGUCCACAUGCAGCUGAUGAGCCUUUUCACUUAUUCUGGGGAAAAUUUACCUGCCACAGGCUCCAGGUCAAAUUUCUGUAUUUGCUAAGCAUCCCAGCAGCAAAGUUCUGCACUCACACCAGCCAAAAAAACAGCCCCAGUUCCAAGUCCUUGGUGUUAAAAAGUCCCCAAAUGACUUUUAAACCCAAGUCGUCUUUAGGUUUCAAUACUGUGGUGGCUUUAGCAGUUGUUUUUGUACAACCUUAAAUUAUUUAAAUCCUAUGAGCUGACAGUCCAUUUUACAAACCAGGUACCUAUCGUAUAAUUUUGUAUAUGCUCUGGUACACUAUACCUGGACUAACUAACGAAGGGUAGAACUAAUUCUGUCUGUCGGUGUUCACCCCUGUGACAUUAGGAGGGUCUGCAUUGCUUAUUUCUUUAUGUUGAUGUUUCUGUGGCAAAGCCCUGCACUUGUCAUUUCUGAAAAGCCUUAAAUCUUCGAGAUGUUGCAUGUAGGGUAUGCAGUGCAAAAGGCUGCCUCGGAACUGUGAGCCCUUUUGUAAGCUGGAAGCAUUUCUCUUACUACUGUUACUUUUUUAGGAAGUUUUCAAUUCAGAGCUGCCAAAGCGUUCCAGUAAGCAGUGCCUUAGUAAUACCUUAGCCGUGCCGCCAGCCUUUCCUUACAGCAAUUCCUCGCAUUCAUUUAAGGAUUGGCCCACUAUUUGAAAUAGAACAAGCAAGACUUGUUUUCCUUUUUUGUUUCUUUAAGCCCAUUUUCCUCCAGUUCUAGAAGACACUGACUUCUUGGUCUAAAAUCUGAAACUGAACACAAGUCAGUUCUUUGACCCCACUCUCAAAUGUAUAUACCAAAACAAAAGGUUGCAACUCCGCAGUUUACUAUGAAAGCAAAUUGUACUUUUAAUGUUGCCUUUUAAAUUCAUGACCAAAUACUUAGCUAUUUGUGAAUCUUCUGCACUCUAGCAUGAAAGUGCCUUUGGUUUGAGAUUCCAGCUUAGAAAAGUGCUGCCAUAAUAACGAUAAAUGUGUAGAGAGACCAAAAAUAUUUCAAGAUCACCGUAAUGCCUUUGGUUUACCGGGAUGAGUAACCCACCACAGGCCUCUGUUCACAAGAGCACGACGUGGUCCCCACCCACUGCUAGCCUGCCUGCCGGUGGGGCCCCAGCAUCACUUCCCCGUAGCACACUGCAGCAGGAGGGACCCGGAAACUGCUGUGUGUGCCAUUUCAUCUCGUCACCUAGCCCUGCAUCCGCGUGAGGGAGCUUGCGCACAAACAACAGGAUCUCGGCCAGUGGACAGAAACACAGCUUCCUCCUCCUCCACGUGUUCGUGUCUGGUCUCUGUGGAGACUUCCUUUUUCCAUUCAGACGACGGUGCGCACUUAAUCUGGUUUACACAGUGAUACCAUUUUGAAAGUUGGAAGCCUCAAACUGAGAUGACAGUGCAGAACAAAAGUGAGUUAGGGUCAUUACAAUUGAAGUGUUCUUAGGGCAAAUGUGUGGACAAUGAGUGUUGUGUACGAAUGUGUUAGAGAAACCUCCAAAGAGCACCAUUCACAAUUCGGCAUUUUCAAAGAACGUUCAGCCCUCGAAGGGGCGACUCUUUAAAGUCCGUGUUGGCUUUUAUCCAGACUUUAUAGAAAUGGGGAAAACCGAUAGAGGUCAGGAAGAGGAGGGGGAAGGACAAGGAGGCAAAAACACCAGCCAGAAAGAAGCCAGGAAAAAAAAGAAAAAAAGAUUUUUCUUUGCUAAUGUAGACUUACAUAUAAAAUCAGACAUCUUUGAAAGUUAGCCUCUGUACUCUUAAUACGUGGGGUCUGUCUCUACCUGGCAUCUUUUAAGAAUACCCUUUCUGGGCUCUGAGGUUUAAGGAGUGAUUUCUAUCCACUCCAAGCUCUGAGUAUUUACAAAAACUUCUGCAAACACACAAAAACCAAAAUGAAAACUAUCAAAUGAAAAAGACAUAGACUCGACCCCCAGGUUAGAGUUAGCUGCUCGGAUUCUCGGCUCCUUCCCUGCCAGUGCUAUACCACAACUUGGGAGAAAUUAGUCCCAUUCUUGUUUUCUUGCUUCUCUUUUCAACUGUGACUGUGCUUUGUUUGACAGUAGUUUUCUCUCAUGAACUUGUCACUUAUCAUUAAGAAUGAAGGUUUUGUGUUUAAAAUUUAUUGCAUUGCAAAAGGUAGUUUCACUGAAGUCAUGCACCAUUCAUUAAAUAAGAUGAAAUGUUCAUAUUUAUUGUCCUACUUCCUAAGCUGUCACUUGUUUUACUCUGUGAAUUUGCAUUGAAUCACUCACAAGCCACACUACAUGUUUUCAGUAGGGAGACAGCCUUUAUGGUCCCUCUCGUGGGUCAUUAAAUGGCGUCCGCUUCCAGUAGGUCCCACCUCUCUCAGGCUGACUCUUUCAUCCGCCUUCCAUGACGAGACUGUUUCCCCUUUCUGUAAGAGAGGCUGACAAGAAUCUAGGUGUAAAUCAGUUGGAAACCAGUCUCCGGAUCUUUUUUUUUUUUCCUCCUUUUUUUUGCAUUAGUCACUUCUUGUGAUUCGUUUCAUUGUAAAUUAGAUAUUAACUGCACUUAACUUUAAAAAAUAUAUAUACAUCUCCCUGUUACCUCCUUGAAAGAUCGACUUCUAAUAGGCCUUUUUCAAUAGUCUUAGGACUACAGACAAGGAAAAAAAAAGUAAAAACAAAAACAGUACGUGCCUGAAAAAAUGACAAAAAAAAAAAAUUUGUUUUUAAGGUUUCAAAGAGAAACCUGAACAGCCUUUAAUUCUUUAAUAUGCUUAAAUUUUGUGUAAAUUGGUUUUUGCCACGUGUGUUUGUUCACAUUCUAAAUGGCUUUGGUCUGCGUCUUCCUGUCACGUGUACGGAAAUGGGCUUGUGAUGUAAGCGUUUAUCUGGUCAGUGGUUCCUUCAUUAUUGUACUGCUGCUGGGAGUGGGCUGUGGACCCUGCCUUUGGGCAUUUGGGUUCCUCUUGGGCAGAUGGCGAGAUGGGGAUGGGGGUGUGCAAAUGCUCACAUGUUUUUCUUAACCUAUUUGCAGAAACUUUCAAAAGGUGUUUGGUUAAACCUCUUGGCAGUACAGUAUUCUUGUAUUUGUUAACGUCUGUGUUUAGGUACCGGUACCUUUCUGUUUAAAAAUGUUCUAAGUGUUGGCUUUAAAGUGAAUUUAUCUUUAGUAUGAUAGUUAUAUGAAAAUUAUAGGGUUUGUGUGCAGAGAAUUUUUUUAUAAAGUGCUUUGUAAAAAAAGAAAAUGUAUUCUAGCUUUCGCGGUACAUAUGUGUGAUAACUUUAAUAUCCAUGACAGUUAAGUGCAAUUAUUUCAUCACUCUAAAAAUGCUAUUUUUGUGUCAGUUCCUGCAGGUGUUUUCAUGUCUUUGCAAAGUGACACAUUUUGAUGCCUUCUUGAUAAAGUGGUAGACAUUUUGUAGCUUUCUAGAAACUUUGUAUUCAUACGGUAUCAAUGAAAAAUAAAGAAAAUGAAAGUGUGGGUCA